CUCUCAAAACCUUUGUUUUUUAAGCUUUCGUGUCUUUGAUUCUGACCUUCCAGUUGAGAUUAAAAUAUAUUUUCUUUUGUGGCUACGGCGGAUGAAAAACUGGAAGUUGCAUUUCAGAAAGGCAGCAGGGUGGGGCCGCAUCAGCGGAACCCGGAUGCUGAUGCUGACCGAUGGAGAGCAGGAAGCUGGAGAGAAUGAAGAGGUAGAGGAGUGUAAAGAGAGAGGGGGGACCGGCUGGAAGGUUAGCAGCAGCAGCAGCAGCAGCAGUCUGCAGCAGGACAAGGACAUCCCGACAGCGAAGCGCAGCUCCUGUGGAUCGUGUCCGUCUUCAGGAGCAGACCGCCGGCCUUGUUUAGUUGUUUGUGCAUCAUCUGCGCCGGCUGAUGAGGGAGGACAUGCGGUAACAUCAUGAGCACAGCCGUCCAGGGAGGGAGGAAGCAGGGAGGGGGGAAGCGCUGGGGAGUCGCCAGCUGAGGAUGCUUGUUGUUUCUAGAAUCUAGAAACGAGCUCAACCAUCGGACCGAGUUCUGAUCCACCUCCAGAAGCACCGGCAGAGGGGCCAGGGAGGGGGUGAGCCGAAGUGUGCACCGGAUAUUGGAAAACCCAUUCUUCUUGCUUAUGCCUUAGUGAUAGAUUAUAAUCUGGACGACAGCAGACAGACGAGGCCCCGGGGCUUGACGGGACAGGAGCCGGGACAUGCGUGACGUUAGGAGGACUACGGGAACAUGUUUGGACGGCGGCAGUAGCAGCAGUGAGGACAGGGGGUCCCUGAUAUCGAUCCUCGGGAUGGAUCCAAUGAGGCCGUUCUGACUCGGGUUAUUUGAGACUGUACUCUUAACAGAAAUCAAUCUGAGGCUAAAGUAGCCUUCCUGUCCAGCUCCCUGCAUGAGCUUCUCCUUUCCUGCUCCACUUUGGCCAACUAUUAGCUGGAUGCACACGUCAUCUCUUCCCACCUCUCCAUGUGGAUGAUGCUGCAUUCCGAGCGGUGCUGAAAGGGAACUGCUUCUGGACCCGACCGCAUGACAAGUUGAGGGGAGUAGCCUGCAGAGGCCCCCCCACCACAAACACACACACACACACACACACACACACACACACACACCUCUUCCCCGGCUUCGGAUCACGACCACUUUAGUCUUUUUUUUUUUUUUUUUUCCCUCCGCGCGCGCGUGUGGCGCGCGUUGCGACGGUACGCACGUGAUCUUGAUCUGCCGGACAGUUUCGCGGGGGGCACAGUCUACUUUUGGCAAGAAUGAGCGGCAAAGAGAUCACGGUGGGCCAGUCCAGCCAGUACGUGGGGCCUUACCGGCUGGAAAAGACCCUCGGGAAGGGACAGACAGGACUGGUGAAGCUGGGUGUCCACUGCAUAACGGGGCAGAAGGUGGCCAUAAAGAUUGUGAACAGAGAGAAGCUCUCCGAGUCGGUUCUAAUGAAGGUGGAGAGAGAGAUAGCUAUUCUUAAACUAAUAGAGCACCCUCAUGUUCUGAAGCUCUAUGAUGUCUAUGAAAAUAACAAAUACCUGUAUCUGGUGUUGGAGCAUGUGUCUGGUGGAGAGUUGUUUGACUACUUGGUGAAGAAAGGCAGGCUGACUCCCAAAGAGGCCCGGAAAUUCUUCAGACAAAUCAUCUCUGCCCUCGAUUUCUGCCAUAGUCAUUCCAUAUGUCACAGAGACCUGAAGCCUGAGAAUCUUCUCCUGGAUGAGAAGAACAACAUUAGGAUAGCAGAUUUUGGCAUGGCUUCACUUCAAGUUGGAGACAGUCUGCUGGAGACCAGCUGUGGCUCUCCUCAUUAUGCCUGCCCAGAGGUCAUUAGGGGAGAGAGGUACGAUGGUCGCAGGGCUGAUGUUUGGAGUUGUGGAGUUAUUCUGUUUGCUCUGCUUGUGGGUGCCUUGCCUUUUGACCACGACAACCUGCGGCAGCUUCUGGAGAAGGUGAAGAGCGGAGUUUUCCACAUGCCCCACUUCAUACCGCCUGACUGCCAAGCUUUGCUGAAAGGGAUGAUAGAAGUCAACCCUGACAAACGACUCACGCUUGAAGCAAUACAAAAACACAACUGGUACCUGGGCGGCCGGAACGAGCCUUGCCCGGAGCAGCCGCCGCCUCGCCGGGUGUGUGUGAAGAGGAUCCUGUCCCUGUCGGACCUGGACCCAGACGUCCUGGAAAGCAUGUACUCUUUAGGCUGCUUCAGAGACCGAGUGAAGCUCACACAGGACCUUACAAGUGAGGAGGAGAACCAGGAGAAAAUGAUCUACUACCUCCUCCUGGAUAGAAAAGAGCGAUACCCGAGCUGCGAAGAUGAGGACCUGCCGCCCAGAAACGACCUUGUUGUCCAAGACCCACCCAGGAAGCGUGUGGAUUCCCCGAUGUUGACGCGUCACGGUCGGUGUCGUCCAGAGAGAAAGAGCUUGGAGGUCCUCAGCGUCACAGAACAGGGGUCUCCCACCCCACCUCGCAGGGCUCUGGACACGAACGCCCACAGCCAGAGGUCUCGUUCGGUCAGCGGUGCGUCCACGGGUCUGUCCUCUAGUCCUCUCAGCAGUCCCAGGAGCCCGGUCUUCACCUUUAGCCAAUCAGAGGUCACCUCCACUUCCACUUCCUCCUCCAAAGACCCCAAAGCAGGAAGUGGCACCACUCCUCGGCCCGCCCGCCCGAUGCCCGACCCAAAAACCCAGACCUUGCCCUCGAAGGGUCCCGCUGACCGGCCCCAGCUCCACUCCAUGAAGUCACUCCCUCUCCAGACUCCACGCUCUCCUUCCCCCUCCCCCUCUCCUGUCCUCUCUCCAAUCCCGCGGUUCUUCAACUUCCCCUCUCCGUCCGUCUUCAGGUCCAAGAACGUCCACUCGUCCUCUAACUCCUCUGCCACCCCUUCCCCUGUGUCGCAGGUCACACCGCAGGGCUCGCCCCUGCCCACCCCGCUCGGCACGCCCGUGCACCAAAUCCAACACCCUUCCUCCACCACUCCUCCCUCCUCCUCCUCCUCGUCCUCUUCCUCCAGAGUGGACGGGACGGGCGGGGCCUCGCUGUCGCUGACCCCGCCCUCCAGUCCUGGAGGGAGCGGUAACUUGGCCGCCUCGAGCUCCACCCACUGGAGGACGAGGCUCAACUCAUUCAAAAACAACCUGCUGGGCUCGCCACGGUUCCAUCGGCGCAAACUGCAAGUCCCGACAUCAGAGGACAUGUCCAGUCUGACUCCAGAGUCCAGUCCAGAGCUGGCUAAGCGGUCGUGGUUUGGUAACUUCAUCAGUCUGGAGAAGGAGGAGCAGAUCUUUGUCCUGAUCAGAGACAAGCCGCUCAGCUCCAUCAAGGCGGACAUCGUCCACGCCUUCCUCUCAAUCCCCUCCCUCAGCCACAGUGUGGUGUCUCAGAAUAGUUUCCGGGCGGAAUACAAGUCCUCGGGUGGCCCAUCUGUCUUCCAGAAACCUGUCAAAUUCCAGGUGGACAUCGCUUUCUCUGAGGGAGAGAGAGAACGAGAGAAGGAACAAGCGGAAAGGGAAGGACGAAGAGAGAUGGGCAUCUACAGCGUCACCUUCACUUUAUUAGCAGGUCCCAGUCGCAGAUUUAAAAGAGUCGUAGAAACUAUUCAAGCUCAGCUUCUCAGCACUCACGAUCAGCCAUCUGUUCAGGCUCUGGCAGAUGAGAAGAACGGUCAGCUCUCCCGUCCGCCCAGCGCUCCUUCCCAUCAGAACUCCCGGAAUUUCGAAAGCGGAUCGGAUCGAGUGGAGAGGGAGCCCACGGUGGACGGGGUGAGCGGCGGCGGCAGCAGCAGCAGCAACAGUGGCGGGACGGCCUUACAACGGAGAGAGUCGGGGAGAGACAAGACCAGACUCCUUUCAUCGUCCAACGGGACGCAGUCUCACCCGUGAAAAGAAUGUUGCAAACGAGAAGAGGGUUGACCGCCUGGCUUCCCUCUCUUCCUCCACUCAGUCCUCCCUGCUUUCUUUCUUUAGCCUUUUCCUUUCUCCCUUCCAGGCCUCUGACCUUUAAUCCCAUUUAAAGGAAUGGAAGGCAAGAAGGACUUUAGUCAAAGAUCAUCUAGAGAUCCAGAGAAUUCUCCCAAAGUGUCUGUCUGUAGUAGAAAGGCGUACAGAAGGGAAUGGGAAUGUAGAACAGAGAAAGCUCACAACCAGCGAAACGAGUUGUCCACCUCCCACAGCAGAUCGACAAAGCACAGGACAUUUCCAACAAACUAUCACAAUCAACAGUUGCUUCAGACUUUGCAGGAAUCCUCCAGGUCAUUUGGUCAGGUUGGUUCGCUGCGACACCGGCCAGCGACUGAGUGUAUCGACGCAUUCCCUUUCAUCACUUCCUGCCCAUCCAGAUUUAUCGUCUGCAUCACUUCCUCUCCUCACCUUUCUAAGGGCGAACAAAUGUGUUUUCUCCAAGCAGACCGAAAACAUGAAGGAAAGCCGGCCGAGAAUCAGAUGAGCUUUGUGAUCGUCUGAAGUGGUUUGUGUCCCUAAAAGCUCAGCAACGGCUAAGCUAACGGCACAUUUUCACAAUCAACCAGGAUGAGAGCAGAGGAACAAAUACCACCAGAGAACGAAUCCGCGGUAACGUGGACACCGUGCGUCGGAGUGGCACAACUUUUCCUCAAACAUAUGGAGCCCCCACCCCAACUCCACACAGUUAUUUCUGAUAUACAACAAUAUGAAGCUAUGAUACCAUAAUGCCUUUACAAGAGAAGACAAAUGUGGAUAACGGUAAGAAUUUAGCCACGUUUCAAGGAAAAACUAGUCAAGCUGCAAGGAGGGUCCCCUACUAGUCUAAAAGCAUGCUGGAUGAAAAGAUUAAGAGGCCAAACAUAGAAGGAGCUGCCCGUUCAUUUAAAUGCAGUGGACACAAAAAAAACUAAGACGCCAUAAACCUUCUCUUUGGCUUAUUUAGAAAUGAAAAGCAGUUUUUAUGUGAAUGAUUUUUAGAGUAUUUCUUUUACGCCAUGCGUAAUCCAUAUGAAUGGAAAAAUGUUUUUUUUUUUGUUUACUAGUUUCUCCUGAUGCAUUUGCUGUUUUAGAAAUUUUAGUUUGUUCUUUUUUAAGUUGGUCUCUCUGAGCCUUAGAACAACAUCUAAUCUAAAACACAUGCUGGCACUAAUAUGAGCUGGUUCCUCUUCAACCAUACUCUGGUGCAGUACGCUAAUUUUAAAAUCCCUUUAUCAUCAUACAGUAAGUACCAAGUGCAUAAUUACGGUAAUAGACCUGUAAACUUUUAAACAAUUGAACAAGCCGUCAAGUUAUGCCUCAUCAUGGUUAGCAUUAGCUUAGCAUUACCACAGUUUCAGAAAUGGCUUUUCAUGAACACAAACCACAAUCUUUUCCUUCCUAUUAGAGAUUCUCUUCUCUGAAUCUGACCAAACAAAGAAAGUCGUACUUCUGACUCAUAAUGACAGUGAUAUAUUUCAGUUAUCUCAGUAGCUGUAUGCUGCUUGUAUCCUGUUUACACCAAAUUCACUUUCCUUUUGCCUAGAUGCUUGUUGGUCCCUCUUGUUUCUACAUAAUUUACUUCUUCUUAUAUUUAAUAUUGUUAAUGGCAGAACAAUAAAGCAUAAAACUUUGUUCCAAAUAACAGCAGUAUAUUUGAGAAAGCAAGGAAAAUCUGAUUGUAACUUCUAUUUCUGUACAUGCAAAAGAACUGCGAAUACUGCCCAUUCCAUGCCAAACUGGGAGAAAAAUGUAUGAUGUUUGUUUACACAACAAGGUGAGAAAAAAGGGGGAUUAAAAAAAAUAACUGAAGUAAAAUGCUUGAAGAUUCAGUUUUCCUGUGAAGAAUUUAGCGAAUAUUUACAUGUACAAGCAUUGAUUCUGAAAAUUGCCUCACAUCUGUGUUGAAUUACAUCAGCUGACAUCUGGCAACUAUUAACAGUUAUGUCAGCUUGUUAAUAGGUUGGAGUACAUUCCACAGUUCCUCUGCAUUUCUUGAUUUUGCCUCAGAAAAAGUAGGCUUGAUGUCAUCAAAUAAGUUUACUAUUGCCAGGUCCAAGGACUGGACUUUACUUUCUGUAAAGAUAAGAAUAGAUUUUCUCCCACACCUUCCAGGUUGUUAGUUUCCAUAUAAAAACAACCACACAGAGUAUCAAUUCCUAAAUUUCUUUAUAUGUUUUCCUGCUUUAGUUAAUCUUCUGACAUCAGGAGUCUUAAAUCUCAGCCCUACCGCCAAUCCACUAGAGCAGAUUUUCUCAUUAGUGUCAAAAUUUAAAAAAAAAUGCUGAAAUGAUAUCUAUAGAAUCAAUACAAUAGUGGUAAGGACAUUGCAACAUCAGUCAAAUACCAACAUUACUCAGUCUCACUCUAUAAUGUCCACUCUGGUGAAAAUUUACUCCACAGACAUGCAUAAAACAGAAAGGAAACUUUAGGGUUGGCCUUUCUGAUUAGAUAAAUAUUUGACCAACUUGGGUCCAAAUGUAUCCCAGAGGUCAGUUGGCUCAUAAAUAUAUGCAAAAAGUAAUAAUUACAAAGGAAACGUACCCCAUCGUGAUACAGCAGAACAAUGUAAAUACCACAUCCUUGAUCCCAAUGCACCUUCACUAGUCCAAACAAAGCACAAGGAAAGCCACACAAGAUGUGACAAGGUUUGGUACUUCACAAAAAACUGCUUUGUUUCCUCAUAUCUAGACUCAAAUAAAAUGACUUUUUUUUCAAUAUUACAAUGCUAAGAAAAGACUGAAAAGCAUCUUUAGUGUUGUAAGGACAGAAUGUUUGCUAACCAAGCCUCAUGUUUUGUAAAUUUGGACAUGACAUAUGUCCACUUUGUUUACAAAAAUAUCUAACGGACCUGAAAUUACUAUUUAUAAGAUGUCUGUGGAUGUCCUGUCUUUGGAGGGCUAAAGCAGCUAAUUUACUGGCUUUUGCUACAGUGCAUUGUCAUUGAAUUGAUGGUUACAUUAUGUGAAACUCGUCUGCCAUUUUUCGGUUUUUAACACAACUUUAACCAAAGGUCCGAUAUGAUCAAUGUUCUUCACGUAUUUGCGUAGACUAGAAUAACUAGCCUCCAACAACGAAGGAAAAGACAAUUCUGGGCUAGCUUAAAUGGCUAUAACCCACAUUAGCCGAAGCUAAAACUUAUCUUAAGCAUUAAUAAACAAAUAAUUGUCCAUUACUGGCUUCUUGAGUCAGUAAGCAAUGAUUCAAAGAGGCUCUUUUUACAGUUAGAAAUUUCAACACAGUUGUUUGAAACCAUUCCUACUCUCAAAGUCUAAAUGUUUUACGUUUCACUGAAAAAGAAUGAAGGUCGGGAAUGUACUGUUUACAAGAAAGCUGAGGUGAAAGAUCCAACAUACUCAGGUGUGUCUGUCGUCAUAGAAACUAUACUCAUGCUGCCUGGGUAGGAAAAAUGAAGCCAAACUGAAGAAUGAAAUGUCCCUGGUAUUUUUCUUUUUUUUUAUUGUUUCCUUCCUUUUAUUGCACCGGUCUCUGUAUGUAUAGAUGUUUUUCAUUGAUGUAUUUUAACACAAGCAUAAAUGAGCGUGGAACUAAUUAUUUGAAUGUCAAAAAAAAGUUCUUAAAAUUACUGCACCACAUUUUUAUCCAUGUAUUUAUUGAAGUUUGUAUUUUUUUUUUUUUUAUUUGCUAUGUAUUGUUUGAAAGUAGUUUUUUUUUCCGUGCAGGGAUUUUAAGAGUAAACCAAUAUCUGUCACUGAAGAAUAACUUACUUUGACACUGAGAUAUUUUAUGCCAAAAUAUGCUUUAAGCGCCGAUGUACAUUUUUGUAUCUUCUGUUAAGUUUGGAAUUUAUUUAUUGUCAUCUGUGUGUGUCACUAUAGAUGUUCACCUUUUACAAAGCUAAACCAAAAGUUCAUCUACACUCUGACAUUUUAGGAGGAACUUUAGUGAUAUGUAGAUAAUUAUCCGAGACUUCAUUCUAGUUUGCUGUGUUUGAUUUUUAUCACCGCCUCAGACAAAACGAAGAUAAUAGGUUAUUAGAAUGUUGUAUGACUACUUUAAAGAAUUUCUCUGUCUUUCCGCCUAGGGGAACAAAACACAUACUUGUAGGACAUUUUAGACAUUUUGUUCACUGUGGAACAAGCCCCAACGUAGAUUAUUCAUUAGAUCCUACAGCUCUUAUGACAUAAACAAUAACAUAUUCACAGCUAUGCAUGAUGUCCACAGAAGAAGCCAUUUAUUUUAUUUUAGCUGGUCUUGUUUCCAAGGUUGAAAAAAAUGUCGAUCCAGUACAACAGCUUGGUAACAGCUCUGACGUAGGUCAUACAGCUCUCACAACAGAAAGAAAAGCAUUUUCACGACUAUGCAGGAGGUCCACAGAUACAGACGUUUAUUCUCUUUCAUAAGGUUUUGGCUCCAGUUAAAAAAUAUCGGUUCUGUAGAACAGCUGUUUGGCACCGCCCACACAAAGAUGUUUUUGGGUGUGUCUGCUAAAGUUUUUGGUACUUUAGGAAGUGCCUCCACACGAAUUUACAACAGCUUUUUAUGGCCCUUGAAGAUAUAUUUUUUGAAAAAGGAGUAGUAAAUUUCUGCCAAAAAAACUCAGAAAUUUAAAGAUAAUCUCAAAAAUGUCCUAGAAUAUACAAGGAAAUUUCUGAACUUGAAAAGCUGAAAAAUUUCUAGAAAAAAACUUGGAAAUUUCUGAAUUUCAAAAGUCACAAAUAUGCAUGAAAAAAUUAAACUGAUUUUCUCCUCAUUUUUUUUUCCCUAUCUACAAUACGCCCAUACGAAUUCGGCAUUUGGGAGACCAGAAACGAUGCAGCUGAAACCGGGUUCUGGGGUUGUUGAAUUUCAAAACGCUGGUUUCAUGACUCUGUGUGGCCAUGCGAGCCACAUGGAAUUAACUAUGAAGUCAUAACUCCAGCUCUCUCUACCCCGCAUGCACCUCAUUCUCACAAAUGACAAGCAUGCCACAUUCUGUUGUUUGUGCCGUAAGCUGGCAGUGUUACAAUGCCACCAAUUGGCCCGGCAUACCUACUACAUUAUCUUCUGUUGUGUCGACGCACUUUAAUUUUACAUUUUUUUAAAAGUAAAAAAAGAAAAAAUACACAUGUAUAGGACCUCAAAUUGCUGGUAAAUUCAUUUUCACAAAUAUCUGGCUGUGCUCUGCGUUUAGAGCUAAUUGACAUGUCGGCAUGCUAUCAUUGCUAAACAUAACUGGUUUUUUUAUUAAUUUCAAAGCUGGCAUGGUAAGGUCAGAGUUGUCACAUUCAUGUGUUCAUGUACUUUUUGCUUAGUCAUCAAAAUCUCUUAAAUUUAAACCCAUUCUCUCCUGACUUUUGGCAACCUUGUUCUUCAACAGAGCUGGUUUCAACAGCUUCAGACCUAAAGGCAACCUAAACCUUUUCAGUAUGUCUGCUACAAUGGAUGCACCACAGACUCAGGUGAAGCUGUUUAGUUUUAGAACAGCUUUGGGGAGGGACUGUAAGUUCUUGCAGUAAGCCGGCGCUCGGUAGCGAUGUUAGAUAUAUGGUGGGCGUGCAUUUUAGUCUUCUGGUGAGUGCAUGCACAUUUGACACUUGUGGUGACCCUGGAGCACAAGCCCCGUGUCCAAAGGGCAGAGGUCAAACAGGUCUCAAGUUACAGAUUUCCAUACCUAUUUUAAAACACCAACUUAGAAUGUAAUUCAGAAGAAAGAACAAACCCAACUGAAGCUAAAGAAGUUAGCUAAUCAGUUACAGAACUUACUUACCUUAUAUCUUGUACAUCUUCCCAUUCCGUCUCUUUGUAUUUCAAUCCCCACUUUCCUCCUAAAUGCACAUAAGACAUCCUCUUAUAUAAUCACCCUUCUUGUAUACAUUUUCUACACUAUAUACUUUGAUGCAGAUGCUGUAUACGUUCGUAUACACUGUGUGCCUGUCUCUAUCUCCAUUGUAUGCCAUUCAUAGCUAUGUAGCAUUCACUAUGUUUUAUUGUCUCUGUAGUCACCAUACAGCUCUUAUUCUCAUCAUUAUUACUCAUUCUUCUUCUUCUUCUGCAGUCAUAACAACAAUACAACUACAAUAUCUGCAGCCCUUACGUCCUUAAACCCUCUUUCCAACGUCAAAUUCCCUCCACCCUCGCUUCUGUUUCACAACCUUCACUUCCCCACACCGAUUCACGCAGUAGACAAAAAAAAAAGACUUUUUCACUCUAAAAGAAUUCAUGAACAAAGAAGGAGUAGGUGUGACCGGGGGUCGAAAGAGGAGCUAACACGAUUAAUGAUGAUGAUGACGACAAAGAGAAAUGUCUGUAGUACAAUUACUCAAAAGGAAAAGUGCACUAUUAUGACUAUGAUUAUUAUUGCCUGUGAGAAAUGCUGUUCAAUAAACAACAAUGGAAAUGUA